AUGGCUCCACAGGACAACUACGGCAACGAGUACACCUACCGGGGCUCAGGCACCAACAGCCAGGUAAACUCUAACAGCAAGUCAAAGGGCAACCACUACUGCAACCGUGACUUCGGUUCCGAAGCCCCAAAUUCCAACGCUUACCACUACUCCAACCAGAAUGGCUCCUACUACUACUCGAACCCCGAUGGCUCGACUUACUACAACUCUGGCAACGGUUCGUCCACCUACACUCCACCAAGCCAGGACUCGCAGGGCUCGCAGGGCUCCGCAAAGUCCAGCAAGUAA